GCACCUAAAAGUAUGAAUUGAUUUCCAAGAUGGCGGCGGCCAGGGAGGAAGGCGAGAGCAAGUUCUCCCUCUGGCUCUCGGGACAACUUCAGGACCUAAACGUCGAUCACGAGGUGUACGGGACGUACAUCAGCGGCAUCCUGGACUCUGCCGAGACGGAGGAAGAGAAGAACGAAGCCCUAGUGGACUUCUUGUCCGAAUUCGUGGAGGAAGAUGUGGAGGAAACGUGCAACAGGAUCGUGCAAACAUGGCUGAGGCUGACCGCCGAGGCAGCCGCUGCGGACAGGACGGACCAGCCGGACAAGAAGACGGUGGCCAGUGUGAUGGAGAAACAGGCCGCCACCAUAGUCAAGAAACAGGGCAACGAGGAGAACAACGCUGCGACCAAACAGGCACUGCUAGCGCAGUAUGCUGAGGUGUCUGAUGAAGAAGAUGAAGGUUACAGUUACAGUGAGGAGACCAGUAACAGUGACUUGCUGGGCUUCAAAAACAUGAACAAAAGUAACGUUCAGCAGGCAGAGAAGCAGGCCAGGGAGAAGGCCAAGGAGGAGGUACGAGUCAAGAGAGAGAAGGACAAAAUGCAACGAGAGAAGGACAAGCAGAAGGCGGCCGAGCGGAAGGAGAAGGAGAAAAAGCGGACACAGAAGGGAGAGCGGCGCAGAUAGCAUGAUUGGACUGGAUUUGUGUUGUGAUAUGAAGGACUGUUGCAAAGCAAAUACCAGUGAACUAACAUGUAGUGUUCUUAAAUAGCAUUGCAGCUGCCAACAUGAAUACCUGUGCGAUCCAAUUUCAGAGAUUUCCUUAUACUUACAUUUAACCUGAUACCAACAUCUACCACAAUGAGUGUUAUGAAUUGUGAACUGAAUGUGGAUAAGAAGUUGUCAGCUAUUUGCAAGUACUUUACAAUGUCCCAGUAUGGUGGGAUGGUUCUCUUUAGUAUUGACAUUGACAGCUGCAUUGCUAGUACUAUAGCAAAUAUGGAUUGCUGUGCUAGUUUUUGUAAGGCCUGAUACAGAGGAAAUAUCUGCAUGAAUCAUAUUGUUGCACACUAUAGGGCUCUGCAGUAGGUCCCCUGUAAAAGGGAGUGUAGAAAAUGCCUUCCAUAAAUCAUAGAAGUGAUAAAUUGUAAUUAUGAAAAACUAGUCAUCAAUUGCUCUUUGUAAGGUAUGCUUGCAUGGUUUCUAGGUUUCAAAGGUUGUGUUAAUAAUAGAAGUUAAUAUUGUGAUUUGUACACUGUUAAUGUUAGCAAACAUAGUAUAGAUAUGGAUAUCUCCAAAUAGCUAAAUCAGGUUUUAUAUAUCUGACUAGUGAUUGCUGGAUACAGGCAAAAGUGUUGACCUUAUCUCAAAGUAUGAAUUUUUUCGCUAAUGAAUUUACACAUAAAUGCGACAAUGAUCAUGACUUUUAAAGGAUAUUUCAUCAAUGUCACGGACUUGAGGCAUAUCUAAGUGCCUGUUGUUCAUUUUGUGGCUGGUAUUGCAAAUACAUUUGUGUCUAUAUCAGGCUUCUCAAACCUAUUGAAAAUUCAAUGUUUUCUCAAUGAAUAAUUUCAUCAGGUUGGUGAAUGAUUGAAUAGCAAAGUUCUUUACUCACAACCACUUAUUUAACAAGAGCUGACAUUUCGAUGACUGUCAUCUUUAUUAAGGCAAUUAUGAAGAUGUUUUCUUUUGUUCUACCUAUUGCAUGAUUAUGAAUAUUUUACAUGCAUGUGGAAUUUAGAAAUGGUUUGGUUAGGGGAUAGCUGGCAUUUUGCAUUGCAUUAUUUCAAGUCUCAAGAAAUUAAGGAAGGUAUUUUAGAAGUUGUUGAUGCCAGUUACAUGCACCUGUAACCGUGUCCAUUAAACAAUAUGCAGGGUUUUAUCAAUUGACACUGAUUCACAAAUUUAUCAAAGGCAACUGCUUGUGCACAAAGUCAUCAAAAUUUCUAACCCUAAGCACUAUAUUCGUGCCAAACAUUGCCAGCUUUCCACUGAUUUAAGACUGCAUUUAAACCUGCUGUGCAGUUGUAAUAUGUUGAAUGUCUGAAACAAGACAUGACUGCUGUGCCCAUUUCUUACUGGUGCAUGUAACUGUAGGCAUCUAUGAAGUCCAGUGUGUGGGUGUUUUACAUAUACAUGUAUACUGCAGUGUUAAUGUGCAAAUAACAAUUGGUGCUCUGCUUGACUAGAAAUGUACUAUUAUUCACAUAAAAGCUAGUUCAAGGUUGCGAGUGUUAUAAUAACAUUGCAUAUGCAAUACAGUGCAUUUGGUGUUCCUAGUAUUAAGUGUAAUAAGCUGCUAAGCAUUUUUAAUUAUAAACUAUCAAACAUUCAUUAUCACCUGCCAUACACCUUUAAAAUGUCACAAUGUUUGUACGCAAUAAACUUUAUCUAUUCUUAUUUGUAAGAAGCAUAUCACAUGAUCACUAAAAUUAAUGACUUAGCUUGGAGUAUUUGAGGGGAUACAAGCUAUGUUGCUUGCUGUAGUUGCUCUACAAGCAUUGGAAGCUCAGAGCAUUGCAAGACUGUGAAGCAGCUAGGCAUUGUAACCUACAAUGUAGGAGUGAAACAUGUAUUAAAUAUGUAGUUUU